UCUUAGAAUGACACUCCUGUAGUUCGUGUGCGUGUUUGAAUGAGCUGAGUUGCAUCAUUUUCCGUUUAGAAUACAACUGACAUUUGGAGUCCGAACAAUUGGGGAUGUGCGGUAUAUGGGCCCUGUUUGGCAGCGAUGAGUGCCUGUCGGUUCAGUGCACCAGUGCUAUGAAGAUUGGCCAUCGUGGUCCCGAUGCCUUUCGCUUUGAGAAUGUCAACGGCUACACUAACUGUUGCUUUGGGUUCCAUCGCCUGGCUAUUGUAGACCAGCUGUAUGGAAUGCAGCCUCUCCGCGUCAAGAAGUUCCCAUACCUCUGGCUUGUCUACAACGGAGAGAUCUACAACCACCAAACGCUGAAGAAGCAGUUUGGGUAUACUGAUUACCAGACCAAGGUUGAUGGUGAGAUCUUGCUUCACCUGUAUGACAACUUUGGCAUCCAGAAGAUGGCAUCCCUAUUGGAUGGAGUGUUUGCCUUCAUCCUCCUGGACACAGCCAAUAGGAAGGUGUUCCUGGGGAGGGAUACAUAUGGGGUGCGGCCGAUGUUCAAACUGCUGACAGACAACGGCUUUCUGGCAGUGUGCUCUGAGGCUAAAGGUUUGACUGACAUCACCCACUCUAUGUCCUCUCCCGCUACGAUCACUCCGUUCCUCCCGGGACACUUUGAGGUGUUUGACCUGAAGCCCAGUGGAAAGGUGGAGUCGGUUGAAAUGGCCCGCUUCCACAGCUGCACCCAAGAGCCUAACCACAGUGCUUAUGACCUAGUCAAGGAUCUAAAACCAGGUUUUGACCAAGAGUCAGUGAAAAGCAACAUCCGGUCUUUGUUUGAGAAUGCUGUCCGAAAACGCCUCAUGGCCCAUAGGAGAAUUGGAUGUCUUCUUUCAGGUGGUCUGGACUCAAGUCUGGUGGCAGCUACACUGGUCAAACUGGCCAAAGAAGAUAAGUUGAAGUAUCCCAUCCAGACUUUUGCUAUUGGGGCAGAAGACAGCCCAGACAUCCUGGCUGCUCGCAAGGUGGCUUUGCACAUCGGCAGCGAGCACCACGAGGUGAACUUCACUCCUGAGGAGGGCCUCAGAGCCGUAGAUGAGGUCAUCUUUCACCUGGAGACCUAUGACAUCACUACCAUACGUGCCUCUGUCGGCAUGUACCUCGUGGCAAAGUACAUCCGUGAGAAGACAGACAGCGUCGUGAUCUUCUCUGGGGAGGGCUCUGAUGAGUUGACACAAGGAUACAUCUACUUCCACAAGGCUCCCACACCCAAGGCAGCAGCUGAGGACAGUGUCCGUCUGUUGAAGGAGCUCUACCUGUUUGACGUGCUGAGAGCCGACCGCACCACUGCUGCACAUGGUCUGGAGCUGAGAGUGCCUUUCCUGGACCACAGAUUCACAGCUUACUACCUCUCCCUGCCUGAGGAAAUGAGGCAGCCUAAGGAUGGAGUGGAGAAGUACCUUCUCAGAGAUGCAUUUAAAGGUCUGAACCUGAUCCCAGAUGAGAUCCUUUGGAGACGUAAAGAGGCUUUCAGCGAUGGAAUGACGUCUAUCAAGAAGUCUUGGUACAACAGCCUGCAGGAUCAGAUGGAGUCCGAGGUGAACGACUACCAGCUAGAGAAGGCAGCCAAGACCUUCCCUCACCUCCCUCCCAGAACCAAAGAGGCGUACUACUACCGCCAGGUGUUUGAGAAGAAGUACCCUGGCCGGGCCGAGUGGCUCAGCCACUACUGGAUGCCCCGCUGGAUCAACGCUACAGAUCCCUCAGCCAGAACCCUCUCCAUCUACAAACCUGACAAGGACCAGUGACUCCGCUACCCAUGUUUUACAGUGUCCAGCAGACUACAUACUACUUAGAAUACAUGGCCACUAGAUUGAUUCAUUCUAAGUAAUGUGCUGUAUGUAUGUUGGAAUAUAUGAGCGGUGAAAGUAACAAAAAUGAUAAAUUCGGUUUAAAUGCUCUCAAAUUCAAAAAUGAUAAAAAUACACAUGAAUUAAAUUAUUGCAAUUAUUAAAGAAAAUUGAAAAUGUA